CUAUGAUGCCACCAUACGGGGCUCCAGUUCCAUACCCGACUCUAUAUUCACCGCCAGAAGUUUAUGCUCUUCCCGGCACUCCUAUGGUAGUCCGCCAGAAGGGAGCAUCAAGUUCAGGGAAUGACGGUAACACUACUCAAAGUGCUGAGAGUGAGAAUGAUGGUUCUUUAGAUGCCAAUUUGCAGAAUGACAAGUCGAGGAAUCCUGUUGUUCAUACGCCUCUGCUACCGCUAAAAAUGUAGGGGUAGAAAUGCAAUCGAAUCUGCCUGGUGCUCAUCAAACAGCGGUCCCACCACCGAUAAUGGGACAGUGGCCACGCGUAAGAGAAUCUUAUUUUACAUGGUGGAGAGAGCACUUGAAAACGGAUUUGUCAGGAUACCAGUCUCAUAUCUUACAAGCAGUAGUUUGUACCUCAUAU